UUUAGACAAGAGAUCGUCGAUUUUGGCCUGCGUCUGAAGUAGACAUUGAAGCAAAGAAUCUGCCCUCUCUCGCUUUUCCAGUAACCGUGGAAGAGACCAGGCUGGGAAUGGAUGAAUGCAAGGAACGGAUUCUCGAAGGCUGGAGCUACGACGUGUUUCUAAGCUUCUGCGGGAAAGAUACGCGCACGAAAUUCGCCGACCAUCUCUUCUCCGCCCUGAGAAACAGCGGUAUAUACACGUUCAGGGAUGACGAAGAGCUGACGAAAGGAGGAGCUAUCGGCUCUAAUCUGCUGCGAUCCAUCGAAGCGUCUAAAAUCCUCGUCGUCAUUCUAUCCAAGAACUACGCGUCGUCCGUCUGGUGCCUGGACGAACUCUUGCACAUCACGAAAUGCUGCAAGAGUAACUCCGGACAACUGGUUUUCCCGAUCUUUCACGAUAUCGACCCGUCCGAUAUACGCAGACAGAAAGGUGCAGUCGCUGAAUCGUUUUCGAAACACGAAAGCCGUCACCCGUUGCACAAAGUGCAGGGCUGGAGAUCGGCUUUAGAGGAAGUUGCCGGCUUUUCCGGGUGGGACUUGAGAGGCAGGCAUGAAGCAGAAUGCAUCAAGGAUAUAACUAGAGAGAUUCUGCAGAAGUUGGAUAAUUCUUACUUGCACGUAGCACCAUAUCCCGUCGGUGUUAGAUCCCGGGUCCGUCAUAUUCAUAAGCUACUGAGCGUCGGUUCGGAUGAUCUCCGGGUUGUAGGAAUCUACGGGAUGGGAGGGAUCGGUAAAACAACGAUAGCCAAGGCUGCAUAUAACGAAUUCUCGCAUCUCUUCGAAGGAAAGAGCUUUCUUGCAAACUUCAGGGAACGUUCCAAGAAACCCGAAGGGAAGAUUCAUCUGCAGAAACAACUUCUUUCCGAUAUCUUGAAGAGACGUGACAUAGAGUUCAACAGCAUCGAUCAAGCCGUAAAGGAAAGGUUCCGCCGCAAAAGGGUACUUGUUAUUAUCGACGAUGCUGAAGAUCUGAGCCAGCUUAAUUCAGUAGCCAUAGAUAUCAGCUGGUUCGGGCCAGGAAGCCGAAUAAUCGUUACAACUAGGAAUGAACAUUUACUGAAGCAGCUUGGAGUAACCCAAGUAUAUUUACCCGAGAAACUAAACGAUGGUGAAUCUCUCGAGCUAUUCAGCUGGCAUGCUUUUCGGAUGAACGAACCUCCAGGCGAGUUUCUUCUGCUAUCGAAAAACGUUGUUCAAUACUGCGGAGGACUGCCCUUAGCCACUGAAGUCUUAGGCUCGUUUCUCUUUGACAGAAAGACCCGCGAGUGGGAAAGCACGUUGGAAAUGUUGAAACGAAUUCCCGAUGAUCAGAUUCAGCGAAAACUACGGAUCAGCUUCGACGCACUGAGUGGCGUACAGAAAGAUAUAUUCCUGGACAUUGCCUGCUUCUUCGUCAGGAUGGACAAAGAUUAUGUAACUUAUAUACUCGAUGGAUGCGGUUUAUCACCCGACAUAGGAUUGAGAGUGUUAAUGGAGAGGUGCCUCGUUUCAGUCUAUGAUAACAAGCUGGUAAUGCAUGAUCUAAUACGAGACAUGGGACGGGAAAUUGUCCGGGAACAAUCUCCCAAAUCCCGUGGAAAACGUAGCAGACUGUGGGAUCCCGAUGAUGUUAUCGACGUCUUGACAAAAUAUUCGGGAACAGAAUCCGUUGAAGGGCUCAGCCUGAAAUGUCAAGAUCUGGAUGCAGGUUACUUGGAUGCUGAAGCAUUCUCAAAUUUACGGGAGUUGAGAUUGUUACAACUCGGUUACGUACAAAUACAAGGAAGCUAUCUGCAUUUCCCGAAAGGUUUGCGGUGGCUUAGCUGGCACGGAUUCCCAUUGGAAUUCAUCCCUUCGGAGUUUUAUCUACGUACUUUAGUUGUCAUGGACAUGAGAUACAGCAAUCUGAGGCGAUUCUUGGAUGGUCGAAAGGUUCAACCGCUCAAGAAGCUGAAAUAUCUUGAUCUAAGUUAUUCCAUUUACCUUACAGAAACUCCGGACUUCUCUUAUCUCCCGAAUCUCGAGAAGUUGCUCUUGGUAGAUUGCAAAAGCUUGGUGUUGGUUCAUAAGAAUAUCGAAAUUCUGAGUGAAAAGCUGGUAUUGAUGGAUAUGAAUGGCUGUUCAGAGUUUGAGCAUCUUCCUGCUGNAUUCUAUAGAUUGAAAUCUCUCGAAACUCUGAUUCUCUCCGGCUGCUCGAGGCUCGGGAAGUUGGAUGAUGCUUUAGGGGCAUUGUCAGCUUUGUCAACCCUUCUCGCGGAUUUCACGGCUAUUGCGGAAGUGCCCUCUUCGAUUGUUCAUCUCAAGAAACUGAAAAGUUUAUCUCUCUGUGGAUGCAAAGGAUCGUGGAACGGCUCCAGCCCUUGCGGCACUCGUCUUCUUCCGGUUUCGUUUAAGGGCUUCAGCUGCCUAAGGACUUUAAGGCUAAGUUACUGCAACUUACCCGACGAGCUGAUUCCAGAAGAUCUCGGGACUUUGUCUUGUCUUGAGGAACUUGACUUACGUGGAAACAACUUCCACGAAUUGCAAAUCGACUUCGCUACUCUUAUAAAUCUCCGGAUUCUUCGUCUGGAUAAUUGCUCGAAACUGAAAUCCCUUGUCGGUUUACCUGCGAGCUUGAAAUCCUUCUACGCAACUAACUGUGUCUCGUUGGAAAGAACUCCGGAUCUGUCCGAAUGCUCGUUUCUGCAGGCUCUGCAUCUCACCAACUGUCUCAACCUGGUCGAGACCCCGGGACUGGAUAAACUGAAAACAGUCAGAGUUAUCCGCAUGGAAAUGUGCAACCGCAUAGAAGAUUCUUUCAAAGAAAGUGUCCUGCAGGGAUGGACUGUCAGCGGCUAUGGUGGCAUAUUUAUCCCGGGAUCUCGGCUUCCAAGCUGGUUUAGCUUCAAGGACGAGAAAAAGUCGGUCUCUUUCACCGUUCCCGAAACUAUAAGCUUUGAAUUGAUGGGAUUUACAUUAUGCACCCGUUACACGAGCCAUCUAGACGAUGAGAUGUGUGUAUAUUCUCCGCAUAUCACGGUGAAGAAUCACACCAGAGGCAGUGUCUGGACCUGCAGACCGGCAACACUUCAUAUCCGUAUGUAUCGGACUGAGCACCUUUGGCAAGGUCACCUCUCCAACGAAAGUUUCAGGUUAGAAACAGGAGAUCGGGUGGAAGUCGUGGUGGAUUUCGGCGAUCAAGUUACUGUUCUAGAGACAGGUGUCGCCCUCGUCUGCCAAGCAAGAGAGGAUUACACUGAAUCUUUGUGUAGAGCAGCCAUUGAACAUGCCAGUGCAUUAAAAAAGCCGCUGAGUCUUCCCUCUAUUGAAGAAGAGAAGAUCAAAGAUGUAUACGUAGCAAACCGAUGCAUUACUCGCUCCGAAAUCCCGAGGCUGUCAGGAAAGGAGAUACUGCCCGUAAAGAAGAGUUAUCCCCGAGUUUUCGGGAUCGGACGACUGAUUCCAAGAACAUUUGUGGGAACGCUCGGUUUGUUUACAUUCUUUGUUGUUAUGGGUAUUAUCGGAGGGAUCAACAGCUGAACCAGAAAGGACAGGGAAUCCUCAUAUUUCUGGUUUCUGCCGAUUGAAUCAGCCACGUCAAUGGGUUAAAAUUACAGGUUUAAUUCGAACCGGUUUCCCGGUUGGAUUUUAAUAAACCGGAUAGAACCGGCCCACCCUUUUAUUUUAUUUCAAACACCUUUGAAGUGUUAGAGAAAGAGGACAGUAAGUUAAAUGUU